AUGUCUCAAUUCGAUAACUUUCCAAAGAACCAACCUCAAUCUAUGCAGAUGGAUGUGGAUGUGGAUAAAAUGAAAACCAUUAUUGGUGAAUCCGGAAAAUCCGAAAUAAACUUUAAAGAGGAUAUAUGGACACACUUUACUAAAGACGGUGAAGACAAAGGGAUUGUACAUAGAAGAACUUUACAGAAGAAAUGUAGACAAGUGGUAAAAAGUCAUUAUCCAUACGUAAAAUUGGUCAUUAGUCGGCAUUGGACAGAUAAAGAGGAAAAGAUACUGAAAAAUAUUUUGGAUAAAAUGGGAGAAAUGGAUAAGAUAACAUCCGAAAUAGAUUGGAAGGGUGUACAUUCACAAUUUAUCGAGAAAGUAGGCAGAUUUGACAGAGAUAAAAAAGCGUUACAAGAAAGAUACAGAAAUUACAUAUAUCAUAAAGUACGUUUGCCCGGUGAUCGAAAAAAACCUGUCUUUACAGAAGACCAAAUCAAGUCAAUAAUUUAUUAUAGAGAAAAAAAAGAAAUCGGCUGGAAAGAAAUAUCCGAUAAGCUUAACGAUUCGAUUGAUAGGCAAAAUGAGGUUAACAAAGCGAUUGAUAAGAAUAUUGAGCUCAUCCCCCACUGUACGGCAGGUCAAAUUAAAAAUAAAUAUAGUACCGAAAUAAAAAAAGGAUUGUAUGCACUAGCGAAAGCUGCCGAACUCGUUGAAAUUGAAAAAAAAUUAGAGAAAAUGAAUGUCAAUUAUAUAACUAUAUAA